AUGGAAUUAGAAUUACCACCGGGAUUCCGAUUCCACCCAACCGACGAAGAACUCAUAACUCACUAUCUCUGCCCCAAAGUUCUCACCCCCACUUUCUCGGCCCCAGCCAUCACCGAAGUCGAUUUGAACAAAUGCGAGCCGUGGGACUUGCCCGGGAGAGCUAAAAUGGGUGAGAAAGAGUGGUACUUUUUCUGCGUGAGAGACAGAAAGUACCCAACUGGAUUGAGGACGAACAGAGCCACGGAAGCCGGCUACUGGAAGGCAACCGGGAAAGACAAGGAGAUUUUCAAAGCGAAGACGCUGGUGGGGAUGAAGAAGACUCUGGUUUUCUACAAAGGCAGAGCCCCUCGAGGACACAAAUCCAAUUGGGUCAUGCAUGAGUACAGAUUGGAAGGCCAAUUCUCUGCUUAUUAUCACCUUCCAACAAACUCCGCCAAGAAUGAAUGGGUAAUUUGCAGAGUUUUCAAGAAGAGCGGAAAGAAAGCCGAUGAGAAGUCAGAACAAGAGGUCACGUGCUGUUCUUCUACCCCGUUAAUGGAGUCGGAGACGUCGCACGUGACCUGCUUCUCCAAUCCCAUGGAGGAGGGAAACGAAGAAGGGCAGUUUUGGUAUUUCUCGGACAAAAACGAAGAAGGGCAGUUUUGGAGCGCCAUUGUUCAUGCAGAUCUGCUUAGAUUUAGUUCGAGGAGAGUACACUGCUCGAGUCACGCUAUGGGUCUGUUCGCAAAUCGAGUGAUUGCGGUCGCUACCGGUUCGCAGUCGUCUCUGCUCGUGGUGGGUCUACUCGCAUCAGGUGUUCGUGGGUUUCGAUUUGCAGAUCUGGUUCAAGUGUAUAUAUCAACGCCGACAUAG